UUAACUGGAGCCGAUAGUACAUAUCUCUAUGAGUAUGGAUGUGUUGUAUUUGGUAUUCCUCUCUCUAUGGACUAAACCUCCUUCUCACUUGGGUAUGAAGAACCUUAGUUCCAUGUGUUACGAAUCUUGCUAGUAGUAAAUUGAUUAGGUUAAGAGAGCUUCAUUGAUUAAUAGUAUUAAAUUGAUUGUGCGAGAGUCAAUCAUUCCACUACUUUGUACUGGAAUUCAUUCUAAAUAGUGGAGAUCUUUGUGAAUUGCCUUAACAUUCAUUCCGGUGAAGGUUACUUGUCUACCGAGUAUUGUGUUUGAGAAGACUUGGUCAACUUAAGAGAUUCCAACCUAUUAUCGAAUCUUCCGCAUUUUAAUUAAUAGUAAAAUGAUCAAAGGAAAUUACAACUUGGACCUAAUUGAGAAGCUAGGAGGACACAUACCCGAGUGGCUCUUCUCGCUUUUGAAAACUGAACAAUUUACCUGUUUUCCUUGUUAAUUUCCUUUCUGCAUUUUCACCAUAAUUUGACUGCAAGAUAAUAAAUAUUCAAGGAUGUUUAGGUGCGUGGUUCUAGGAGGUGAAAAGACUACUAGUUUGUAUUAUUUCAGAAGAUAGUUGAUUGACUGUAAAAUUUGUUCAUGAAAAGAUGUUGGAAUGUUGAUAUUCUUUGACCAUUUGUUUGAUCCAUGACUAAUUGGCUCCCUCGCUUUUUUAAUGUUCCCUUAAUGCAAGUUUUUCCAAUGUUUUCCUAUGUCCUGUUGGAUGAAUAGGACUGAGAUGAUGCUAAAGAAGAUGUUGCAGUAGAGGAACCAAAACAAGUGAUUUUAGCUGAGGUUUUUGAAAAAUCAAUGAAUCUGGUUGCCGUUUUUAGGAUUGUUAACAGCCCAACAGGUAUUGCUAGCUCUUCCUUCACUCAAACUAUUACACUAGUUGCUAUUUUUGAAUAUGUACUAUUGCCAAGUGACAUUUGUUGUCCCCCAUGAUUGCAAGUUAGCUAUAGUAUAUGUGCAACUCCUCCGAAUUGCCGAUAUUAGAAGACAUGAAAUCACAUGUUUUUACCUUGACAAUUUCUAGGUUUCCAUGCAUGUUUCAUGCAUCAGUUAUGGUUGCUUGGGAUAGAGUUCGUGGCAUGAAGAUUUUGUUUACAUGCAUCAGUGAUGGUUGUUUGGGAUAGAGUUCGUGGCAUGAAGAUUUUGUUUACUAGAAGAAGGAUGAAAUUUCAAAACGUUGAUUCUAUAUAGACUACUUGAUGUCGACCAUCAUAUCAUAGAAGGAAUAAUGAGAUAGUUUUUUGAGCAGUAGAGAUCUAGCUAUUACUGUGAUGCAUAUUGUAACAAUAUUAUAGAAUAAUUAUUGACUACAAGAUUUUAUACUCUUUAGACUGUUAAUAAUAUUUUGUAAUUGGUAAUGAGAUCAUAAAUAAUUAAUCUUGUAUUAGGUAUUGUAAUUCGUCAUAGGAAAAUACUGUGAUCGUCGGUUUGUAAUUAGCCAUAGUAAAUUACCGUGAAAGUGAUAGACAUUUAGUCACGGUAAAUACCAUCUUAAAAGAAGUUCAUACUGUUUUUAAAUGUAUUUUUUUCUUAGAUAUGUGCUCCAAAGUUGACAUUAGGCACAAUGUUUCUUGUGAUUAAUAGGUACAAAUAAGCAUAGGAAACUACACCGUGACUAGUUCUAAUUAGUCAUGGUAUACAAUUAGUCAUGGUAUACAAUUAGUCACGAAACUUUAUAUCACUGUAAAUGUCCCGUGACUAAAAUCAAUAAUCAAGGAAAAAUGCUUUUAAGUCCAUGAUUUACCAUGAUUAAAAGACCUUUUCCCUAUAGUGCAUGUAAAACGAGACUCGUAAUCUUAUAACAAUAUGCAAAAGGAAGUUAAGCAAUUACAAAGACGAAGGAACAUAUACAAAUAGUUGAUGUGAGAUGAAGCAAUUUUUAGAAGCAGCCGACCACUUGAGCCAUUAGGUCGACCUAUGAGCCAUUAGGUCGACAACUUGUUGAUCGUAGCAAAACAUACAAUAGUGUAUACAUUUUACCACAUAUGCUUACAAGUCAACCAUUUUUUCCAAGUCAUGGUGACUUUCAAAUAACCGUAAUAAAGUCCGAAACAUUGUAGAGAAUAUCACUUAUAAGAGGUAUUGACCGGGCCAAGACGAUUUGUAGCUUGGGGCAUGGCCUCCAAGAACUAUAGAUGAGUGGCAUUAUGGUGAGAUAUCCAUUAUCAGUAAGGUAGUAAAUAUGAAUUUGGAAUAUGAAAUUUGUGCAGAAUAAAGUAUACAAACGAGUUAUGGGGCAACAUUCAAUUUGCAAACAAUAAAUUUAUUUUUGAUUAUUUCAAACAAUAUGUGUGUGAAUUAAUGUCAUUUAUUUGUCGUAUUUUUUAUAAAAAUUGACACUCUCUGCGUUGAAUCGUGACUUUCCCCUUGCAAAUAGGUGUAUGGACUCCUAACAUCAUAGAUAGUUGAGUAAACGAUUGUGCUGGCUGGAGUUUAUAUCAGUUCCUCUUCAUAAAGAAAAAACCUUAAAUUAUAGUUCUAAACUUACAAUAUCUAUAAUGACAAGGUUAAAGAAACCGUAUAGAAGGUUAUACCGGAAUAGUGAGUGGUAGGGUAUUUUAUACAAAAAUCGUGGUUUAAUAAUGAUUGAACCAUUUCCUAUCGCUAUAACUGUCUACCAUUUUGAGUUCGGUAUCCGGUAUUUUGAUCCGACAGGACGGUACGAUAAAGUUUCCUAAUGCAGCCUUGUUCAAUGUAGCUCAAUCUACCUUUAGGAUGUUAGAGAUAUAAAUUAAGUGCCAUGUUGAUAUAAUGAUACAAAAAUUAGAUUUUUCCAUGCAUGUUCUUACUUCUUCGAUCGCAUAGCAAGCACUCCAAUAUUGUGGUUUUAGUUCCAUGUUUCAGUGAUUUUUCAUUGGGGUCAAAACUCAAAACUCAAGUCUGAUGCUCAAUUCCCUCCGCAAUAUGGAGGACCAUGUCGGAGGAAUCGGCUAUAGCCAUGUGGAACAGAUGGACAGAACUAUAGAAGUCAAACCCUUAAAGUUGUCUGAGACUACUUGUUUUGAUUUAUUUUUAUUAUGGCACUAAAACAAAGAAGCGAAAGGGAAUAACGCUGACACAAACACAAAAGAAGAGAAAGGAAAUAACGGUGAAGAAGUCCACCAGUUUACGGCCGCGUGAGUCUCCUGCCCACAAAAUGGAUCCAAUAUGGCAAAGCAAUGCCUAGAUUCGAUCGGCCCACGCUAAAAUAUUUUCAUCGGCACUUAAAAAAAAAAGUUAAUUGAAAACAUGGAAUUUUUUUAAACUCGUGUUAUGUGACAAUCCAAACACCAUAUCGGUAAUACAAGAGAAUAAACCCUUAUAUAUAAGUGUUUAACAAAUUAAUUAUUAGUACGAGGUUUUUUGGGGAAGACACCCAAGAGUAAAACCAUACGGACUUGGCCCAAAGUGGACAAUAUCAUACUAAUGGAGCGGCCCGAUUUUGACAAUUGGUAUAAGAGUUGGUUUUGGUUCGGAGCGGUGGACGUCAGUUUGGUGGGACCCUCAUUCAGUGACCUCGGGUAUUGAGAUCCGCGUCUGUUUGGUGGAUCCAGGAGAGAUCCACGUUUGUUUGGCAUAUCAAAGAGAGUUCUGGGUCUGGAAAAAUCCUUGUACCGAGAAGCUCAUCGAUACAAGGUGUCUGACGGAUCAAGAUAAUCGCCGAGGGGAUGACACAAAUUCGUGGUCCUUAUCUUGAGGGGAGGAUUGUUAUGUCACAAUUCAAGUACCACAUCGGUAAACAAGGGAAGGAACCAUUGUAUAUUAGUGUCCACAUAGCCCAAUUAGUACGAGGCAUUUUGGGGAAGACACCCAAGAGUAAAACCGUGCGGGAUUGGCCCAAAGUGGACAAUAUCAUACUAAUGGAGCGGCCUGAUUUCGACAAGUGGUAUAAGAGUCUGGUUUUGGUUCGGGGCGGUGGACUUCAGUUUCAUGGGACCCUCAUUCUGUGACCUCGGGAUUUGAUAUCUGCGUCUAUUACUCUAUUUGGUGGAUCCAAGAGAGAUCCACGUUUGUUUGGAAGAUCAAAGAGAGUUUUGCGUUUGGGAAAAUCCUUGUACCGAGAAGCUCAUCGAUACAAGGAGUUUGGUGGAUCAAGAUAAUCGUUGAGGAGAGGACACGAAAUUUGUGGUCUUUGUCUUGAGGGGAGAAUUGUUAUGUCACAAUUCAAGUACCACAUUGGUAAUAUACGGGAAGAAACCCUUGUAUAUUAGUGUCCACCUAGCCCAAUUAGUACGAAGCCUUUGGGAAAGAUACCCAAGAGUAAAACCGUGUGGGCUUAGCCCAAAGCGGACAAUAUCGUACUAAUAGAGCUGCCCAAUUUCGACAAGUGGUAUCAGAGUCUUGUUCGGUUUGGGGCAGUGGACGUCAAUUUGGUGGGACCCUCAUUUGGUGACCUCGGGAUUUGAGAUCUGCGUCUGUUUGGCGGAUCAAAGAGACUUCUGCGUUUGGGAAAAUCCUUGUAUCGAGAAGCCCAUCGAUACAAGGUGUCUUGCUAAUCAAGAUAAUCACUGAGGUGAGGACACGAAGUUCGUGGUCCUUGUUUUGAGGGGAUGAUUGUUAUGAGACAAUCCUAGUACCACAUCGGUAAUAUAAGCAAAGAACUACUUUGAUAUAAUAGAGCAUAGUAGAGCUACUUUGGAUUGAAUCAACUGAUUUUAAUAAUUCGAGUUGUUGGGAGUUAUUUAUACAUGAAUUUUAUAUCACUUCUUUGUAUACCCUCUCAAAAUAAAGUCGGCUCAUCAUGGACUUAAAUUUGUAAUGACCCAUCAUACUAUAUGUUUAACAAACUGUUAAUAUAAUGUCAUAAACAACUGAUCUCAAUAACUUGAGUGAUUGAGAGAGUCCGUAACUCAUAUCACUUCCUCGUAAAGAUAUCAAGUACUUCAAGAAAAUCAUAUCAAAUUCACUAAAAGCUUUUGGCAACAUUACCCAAUGGCUUUGCUUGGUUUACAAGAUAUUUCCUCAAGUUAAGGCUUAGAUCUGGCCUGCCUCUAGAAUUCAUUUAGAGAUGCUUGGUACAUGUGUGGUUAUAUCCAAUAAAAACAUCAAGGUAAUCGCACAUAAUGGCCGGAGUCCAGGUACAGGAAUGCAUGCCCCAGCAUGAUGUGACUUCACUAGUCGCCCAAAGGAGGGCACCUACUCCACGUGUGUAUGUUUAGCCCACUUGGGUUAGCGUUACAUAUUUGCUUAGAAGUCAGGUUAGUUUAUCAUAUUUUCUACUUCUAGGAUCAUGUGGAUUGUAUUUGUUACUUAGUAUUUAUUGAGUUUAUUGGCUAGAGUUAUGUACGAAUGGUUUGGUUUGCCGAAAGAAUGAAGUUGUAUUUUUCUCCUUGUUCCAACUUUUAUCGUGUUGUAGAGGUCUAAUUGCAAACUGUAACCAAAAGAUCCACAGAAUAUUAAAAGUGAAGCGAGACAGAAUUGAAAAAGCUGAAUAAUUGUUGAGGACUAUUAGUCAAAAGGCUAGAACUAAGCGACUAUGCAACCGAUGAAGGCAAAACACCAUAAAAACUCUAGACAUGUCCUCCUCCAUCCAUGUGUAGAUCAUUUUAGAAUAUUUGGUUGUGUGAGUUACAAUAAUAUUCAUGAUCAACCAAGAAGGAAUUUGGAUAAUAAAAGCGUGGUCAGUGUGCCACUUUCUUGGAUUAUCACCUGAGUCCAAAUCUUAAAUGCUUUACAAUCGAGCUAAAAAAAGAUAGUGAUUAGUCUAAUUUCAACCUUUUACAUACCGUUUGGUAUAAAUGAAUUCCUUAAAUUUUGAAGAAUUCAUUUGAAAUGAAUUUUUUUUGUGUUUGGUAUUUAAUUCAAUUCUAAAUUUUGAAUUCUAUGGAAUUGAAACUAGUUAUAGCAAUUCCGAGGAAUUGAGAUGGAAUUUCCAAAUGAAUUUUACAAAUAUUU